AUGUCUUCUCCGAUGAAAUACUGUCGAUAUCAAAAAUAUCAAUUGAAAUUAUUAAUUAAAUCAAUAAUUAAUAAAUUCGUCUACAUUAUAAUAUCUUUUUUUUCGAUGAUCGUCGUAGAUUCCUUCAUGGGUCUCGUACUAUUGGCAUCAUUGUAUCAUCAUUAUACUGCUACCGCAUUAGAAACCGAACCUGAUCCAAGAGAUACAAGAUCCUCAAAGACUACCGUGGCUGACAUUAAUGAUAUUCAUAUAGUUCACGAUACAAAGAAAACAAUCUUGAAACCAAAUAGAAUUUAUUCCAAAGAUGAAUUAAAAUUAGUCGCAUCGUUAAAUUAUUAUUAUUCAUUGUAUGGAAUUCAAAUUGAAGAAUUCAAAAUUAAAACAAAGGAUAAUUAUUAUUUAGACGUAUGGCAUUUGAAGCAUAAUACAACAACAAAGAAUCGUAAACCAAUUCUAUUAAUUCAUGGUCUCCUACAAAGUAGCGGUUCAUUCGCAUCAAGUGGUAAAGAUUCCAUUGCCUAUUACUUACAUAAACAAGGGUACGACGUCUGGUUAGGUAAUAAUAGAUGUGGUUUUAAAUACGAUACUUGGGACCCAAAAUAUUGGGAUUGGGAUAUUAAAGAAAUGUCAGAAAUCGAUCUAUUAGCUCUAAUGGAUUUUGUUAACACUAAAAAUAAUUAUUCCGAUAAAUUAACUUUAAUUGGUCAUUCUCAAGGUACUUCUGAAAUCUUUAUGGCUUUAAUUAAUAACAAUAGUAACAUUAGAGAUAAAAUUGAUAAUUUCAUUGCAUUAUCCCCAGCUUGUUACCCUGGUCCCUUAAUUACAAGUGAUAGUAUUGUCAUGCAAAUCUUAUCUACAUUCAUUGAAAGUAGUACAAUCUUUGGUGAUAGGAUAUUUAUGGAAAUUAUGAUGACUGUAAGAAAUUUAGUAGUUGGCCAAUCAUUUUUCUCAUUCAUUUGUUACGCAAUUUUUAACUACUUAUUCGAUUGGAAUGAUUGUCUUUGGGAUCCAAAUCUAAGAGAUAGACAUUUUUUAUUCUCACCAGUUUAUGUCUCUGUAAAAUUAAUGCAAUGGUGGUUAAGUAAUGAUUUGAACAAACUAACAUUUAAAAAUACACCAGAAUUAAUUUAUCCAGAAUAUGAAUCAUGGUUCAAUAAAGAUCCAAAAAAACAUAAUCCAAAUAUAUUACUAUUUGUACCAAAACAAGACAGAUUGGUAGACGGUGAAAGAUUGAUCAAUCACUUCUUACAUUAUGAGAGUCAUAUCAAUUAUAAAAUUUGGUACAUUGAAGAAUAUUCACAUUUAGAUGUCCUAUGGGCAACCGACGCUAAUAAGAGAAUCUCAAAACCAAUAGUAGAUUUUUUAAAGAGCAAUGAAAAACAGUAA